AUGUCUGAUGAGGAACAUGGGGAAACAUCCAAUGCCCAGUUUCUAUCAACAGAAUUUAAAGAUGGGCAGUUGGAAAUAGUUGAAGUGACCUCAUAUGAUAAAGGCAACAAGCUUGAGAAUAUGGGGGAACAUGUAUUAGUGGAGGCCUCGGAGAACAGUGACGAUGGUGAUAUGAAAUAUAUGCAAGUUUUGGAUUCUGGAAAGGGCAUGAUGGUGGACCUACUUAACUUGAGAAUAGUUCGAUGCGAGGAUGGUCAGGAGUCCUACCAAUUUGUGACCAAUGCCGACUCUUCGGAAGGCAAUGAUACUGACUCGACAGUCACCUGCGUACUGCAAUCCGCCGAGGAUGGUGAGGAACAAGAAGCUCAGGAGGCAUAUGUAAUGGUGGACGGUACUCAGGUGCCAUUAAUGUUUCUGCAACAGGCACCUUUGAAGAAGCCCCAGCCACUGAAACCAGCGCCGUCGCCGGCUGAAAUAUUGGAGAAGGCGAAGGCUCUCCAAAAAGUAAAAGUUCAGCAGGCUGCGACUGCAGAGACCUCUAGCAACGUGACUGUGGGGGGCGGUGGGGGGCUGGGCAGCGGCCGGGGGAAGGGCAGGCGGCGCCGCGGCGAGCUGCCCCCGCCCCAAGAGAUGCUCGCCUCGCCCCACUUCAAGCUGUUCCUCUACUCGUGCAAGCUGUGCAGCUUCCGUUGCAACGCCAUCAAAGAGCUCACCGCCCACAAGGCGGCAGAACACGGCGGAGGUGGUGGAAGCAAGAGCCGUGGAGGCUGGAGGUCCUCAUCUAUAACCUUGCAGUGUGCCAGAUGCCCGUUCAGAGGUUGCACCCAUUCACAGUUAAUGAGGCAUGUUCAAGAAAAACAUGUGAAGGAAUCCCAGGAAUCAAACAAAGUGUAUUUGGACUCGGCUGAGGUGGAGGCAGCAGAUGUCCUUGUGUGCGGCGCGUGCGGGUUCGAAUCCAGCUCUCGGAUAGACUUCAAGAAGCACAUUGAGGAUGAACACGAUGCCACAACAUGU